ACGCUGAUAGGAAUUAGUUUUGCAGUGAUGGUGAGGUAUCGCUGCGUUCGGAGUAGACAAAGUGAUGUCACGGAUUCGUCUCCUGAUUAUGGUGAUAUUAUCAUCAUCUACCACAAAUUCAGUAAUGAUCAACAUCGAUGUGACCUGUCCCCCAAACUGGACCCAGCAUCCGUCCUAUAAGAACAUUUGUUACCGUGUUGGUACCACCGCGGGAAUCUUCACGUCAGCCACCGCGGGGUGUGAAGCUUUCCUGAAUGGAUCCACGGUGGCCAAUGUGUAUAACCUGGAAAUUCACAACUUUCUCGCCGGUGGACUUUUGUCAGUAGGUCAUGAAUAUUACACCGGUCUUACUGAUGUAAAUGGAGAGUACAUAUUCACACAGCUAAAUAAUGAACCUCUGGGACCGUGGGACAGAUGGGGCUCAGUCACAGGUGGCACGUGUACCGUGUACGCCAAUGAGGGAGGGGAGUGGAUGUGGCACACCAACACCUGUGACCAGCCAUGUCAUUACAUCUGUGAAUACAUUGUACCUACGCCAGGGAAGCUUCCGACGGUUUUGAUCCCAAUAGACGCUACUCCUAUGUCGGGACGAGUGGAGAUUUUCUGGAACUACAUGUGGGGACCCCUGAGGGACUCGGAGUUCCCGAACACUGUGGCCAUCAUCUGUAACGACCUAGGACAUUCAGCCAGUGGAGGCGUCGAGUGUCCCGACCCUGCGAGUUGUGGGACGGGCAAGAUCUGGUAUGAGAGGGUCGAUUGUAAUGGCGUUUAUGCGAACUUGUCGGAAUGUCUAGCUGACGGUGCAAAACUCUCUACUCAAACCGAUCACUCUAAGAACACCAUCGUCACAUGUGGAGACCCACUAUCAACUUAUCAACCCACAACAGAUGAAUUUACAACGACUGCUAAAGCGACAACCGAAACAACAACAGCUGAAUACACAACAGCUGAGGACACAACAACAGCUGAGGACACAACAACACAGAAUGUUGUAACAACAGACCCAAUCACUCCUCAAAAUAACUUCACUGUUAUUUAUAACGUUACAACAACUGUCAACAUCACAGUUACUGAAAUCAUAACUAUUAACAUCACUGCCACCGUCACAUACACGUCAUCGUCAGUCUGCUCCUAUUGGUCCUCUUCUCAUGUGACGUCAUCCUCUAUUCCAACAACGAAUGAAAACCCUACUACUACUUCUACUACUACUACUACACCAAGGCAGGAGGUGCCCAUAAACGAGGAUCCCCAACCGGUGAUAAAAGCCAAGGACAGCGCCAAAUACUCAACAAAGACGCGCCAGGACCACAGGCCGUCUGCUCAAGCCAUAGGCUCGUUUGGCGUCGUGAUAAUCGUAGUUAUUCUAGGCGCCAUUGUAGCAAUAGACGUGGGAACCAUCGGCAAGGAAGUACAGCGAUGGAACAGGAAGAAAUCUGCUGCUAGGUCCAAGACCCGGGCCAAAAGUGGCAACAUCAGCAUACGGUCAAUGAGUGCGAGGUCAUUUAAUAACAACGGCAGUAGCAACAACUCGGCCAGAGAAUCUGCGUCCUAGAAAUGUGACAAACUGAAUCUGGCGAUAAAAUAGAAUUCAAAAAAGGUGCGACAUCUUUAUAAAAUAUUGAUUUUUUUUCUUUAUGAACACUAAAGCCUCGCUUGCGUUAUAUUUCACAAAACGUAUAUACAUGAAACUACUAUUAUAGAAAAAAAAUCAUAAAUAUUAUAAUAACAAUAUUCUCUACUGUCAAGUAAUGCAUUUUUGUAUGCGUUUCUUUGACAAUCGCAACUGUUCUUGCAAUUUACGUGAAAAGUGAUCAUAAAGGAUAGUUUGUAAACGGUGCCGACGUGUGAUUCAGCUUAUCAGCAGUUGAAAUUUGUUGGUCGCAUGUUCUAAUCUUUUUUCCCCCUGAUGACAUCAAGCAACAAUAAAUAUACAGUAUUCUUGCGUCAAUAUGUUUGAUUUCCACCACUGGAACUUGGAAUGGACACAUAGUGAUCAGCUUGUCCCAUUUAAACCUUUCAGGAAUAUUAUUGGAAUUUUUUUUUAUCUACUGUACUGUGAAUUGUUGCU